AUGAUGAAUGUUCCUAAAACCCGCCGGACUUUCUGUAAGAAGUGUGGCAAGCGCCAACCCCACAAAGUGACACAGUACAAGAACAGAGUGGCUAUGGUGCCUGCCCAGGGAAAGCGGUGUUAUGACAGGAAGCAGAGUGGCUAUGUUGGGCAGACUAAGCCGAUUUUCCGGAAAAAGGCUAAAACUACAAAGAAGAUUAUGCUAAGGCUUGAGUGUGUUGAGCCCAACUGCAGAUCUAAGCGAACACUGGCUAUUAAAAGAUGCAAGCAUUUUGAACUGGGAGGAGAUAAGAAGAGAAAGGGCCAAGUGAUCCAGUUCUAAGUGUCA